AAUUUUGCAUUGGAUUAAUGUGAAUGUAGGUGAUAAUUUCAUAAAAUCUGCAAUGGAGUCAGGUGUGACACUUGAUGAUUAUGGUGCAUCAAUGGCAGAAAUGAGCCAGCCAUUUGUGAGAGCAUCAUUUAAUCCAGAUGGAGAGGAAGAAAGGAAGAAAGCACAUUCAAAGUCAGCAACCAAUAAAAAACUGAAAAAAGAUAUUGAUGAUGGUUUAGAUGGAGUUUUAGAGGAACAAGAAGUUGAAAUUAAAGCACUUGAAGAAGAGUUGGAAGCAUUGAAGACUGAGUUGCUUGAGGAGAAAAAUAAAUAUUAUGGUGGUUACAGUACCCCAUCUAACCAACAUGAGAAUUGCAACAACUUAGGACGUGAGGGAGAAGAUUGCAACAAUGAAACUGUUAUGAAGCAUUAUAUGUGCCGAAAGCGAUUCAAAAGUGCAGUUUGUAAAACUCCGUACAUCGGAUAUAGUCCCAAACUUUAAUUUUGGAUAAUUGUAUUACGGUAGUAUUUUGUAGAACUUUAAUUAUGGAUAUUUGUAUUUGAAACAAAGAUUUGGUUUUUUAAUAAAGAAAGUGGUUGUUAGCAAAUUCUUAUUUCAAUUGUUAUUGUAAUAUUGAUUCCAUUUGUUGAUUGGUGGUGUUGCUUAAUUUUCAUCCUUAGUUGUUCUCAACAAAUGUCCAGUUAUGUCCAGUUUUGUGACCCCCAUAUGUAGGGAAGACCCAUUAAGGGUGUUUGUAAGUUGACAAGUGAAUUGAUGAACAAUUUUGACAGAGCUGAAGCUGUUGUAAUCGAUUACAGAG